AUAUUUCUCCGGCUUUGGAAAGUAGAAACCGGCGCCUGCACUUUAGUAACCUCUCCUCGUUCGAAAGAAGAGAACAGACCUAGGCUUUGAACAAUUGAUUGUAUCGGCUGUCUUAAAAGAGGCACUACGAAUUGCUUUCAUUUCUUUAAAUGAGGCACAAACAACUGCAAACACUAGCAUGGAGUUGGCAGACAGAGCAGUAGGGUUUUUGUUAUCUUUAACCAGUAUAUCUAUCUUCACUUAUUAUACUUUCUGGGUUAUCAUUUUGCCAUUUGUAGACAGUGAUCACUUUGUCCACCAGUAUUUCCUUCCACAAGAAUACGCCAUACUUGUACCUGUAUUUGCUGGCAUGGGGCUUCUCUGCUUCUUAUGCGUUUUUGUUGGAUUUGUGAUGCUUAAAUCCAAAAAGAAGAAAGCAUAAUGCGACCACAAUUACCAUUUUGCAUAUUCUAAUACGUUUUACACUCACAAACCUUACCUUCUCUCGUUGAUAGAUAUGCAACCCAGAGUGUUUUUCUUGUGAGAUUAGAGCAAUUAUAACAUUAUUGUGGCAUUAGAUUUCUUGCUUGCAAUGACUGAUUCUUCCUUGUUGACUAUCAUUGCAUCGUUGACACAUGAGCAGUUUAAGAAUAUGGCUCAAUUAUCAAGUUUCUUGUGACAUGUAGAAUAUUAAGCCAGAACAUCCAGUUCUGAACUGAGUUUGUUCAUUUUA